AUGCCUCCUGUUCCGGACGUGAUGUUUCCACCAGUUCCCGAUAUCGUCAAAUCGACAAACGGAAAAUAUUUAGAAGAAGAAUCUUUGGAUCCAGAAUUGUCUCCAGGACUGUUCCAAGGAGAUAUGGCUCUAACCAACGACUUUUAUGACUAUUGGAGGGUAGGAAUUAAAUUUGAUAAAUUCCCAGAUAAAUUGUGGCUUAAAGGAAUCGUUCCUUAUGUGAUUAGUCCACUAUAUGAACCAUCCGAACGAGUGACAAUUUUAACAGCAAUAAAAAUUAUCAAUUUUAUGACUUGUAUAAGAUUUGUUCCGUGGAAUGGUACCAGCAAGGAUUACCUUCUCAUCUGGCCCAUUAAGUAUCCAAAAGGUUGUUGGUCUUUUGUUGGGCGUUUCGGAGGUGCUCAAAUAGUCAGUUUACAAGCUCCCGAUCGAAAGGGACCAAACUGUCUCGGUACCGAAGGCAGAGCUAUACACGAACUGAUGCAUGCUUUAGGGGUGUUUCACGAACAAUCCAGAUGGGAUAGAGACAAAUUCGUCAAAAUACAUGCCGAAAACAUUAUUCCGCGUUUUAAAUCGAAUUUCGAGAAACAGAGCUUAGACAACACAACAUACAGUUUCGAAUACGAUUAUGAUUCCAUUAUGCAUUACGGAAGGUAUUUUUUCACGAAGAAAAAAGGUAAACCCACAAUAACAGCGAAGCAACCGCAUUCCAGACCGAUAGGUCAAAGAAAAUCGAUGUCGAAGGGAGAUUGUUUGAAAUUAAACGAUUUGUAUGGCUGUUUUAAAAAUCCUAGAAAGAGAAGAAAAUAUUAUAAUAUAUGCAAUUUUUUAGGCGUUUAA